AUCAUGGUGUUAUUCACAGACCGCGGACCAGACGUUGCCGCGGCCGUCAUAACAAUGUAAGCAACAGUCGAUGCCCAUCGCUCUCACAGUCCCUGUUUGAUAUUGGACUCGACUCGUUUCCAUUCCGUCGUCAACAUAUUAUCAUCCACUCUGCCACUCCUCGACACCUCUUGCGACUCUCCUGCGAAGAUACUUGUUCAACAUGCUAAUCUGAACCACAAGAUGCGUCGUGGCAUACAUCUCCUACGCCCUGCGUGUCUACACCCGACUGCGAUACGCGCCAUGGGGUCCCGAGGACUGGUUCAUGACCGUGGCGCUGCCAUGUUUCACCGUGUUGUCAGUGGCAUGCAUCGCCUGCGCCUUCACGGGUAUUGGCGCGCUGAAUUCGACAUUGUCGCGGCCCGGGAAUGAGAAGUAUCAGGAGAAGGGGCUUUUUUGGUUCUUUCUCUUUGAAGUAUUUUACUGCGUCAACAUCAUUCCUGUCAAACUGUCCAUCAGUUUGGCGCUCAUCCGCAUCGCCGAGAACCGGAAAGCUUAUGUCUACGCCCAGUACGGCGUCAUGGCGUUGUUCACCGUCAUGAACCUCAUUGCGGGCUUCUACAUCGUCUUCCAUUGCAACCCCGUGAGCGCUGCCUGGGACACUUCGGCCCUGAAAAACGGAGGACAUUGUAAUCCCAAUGCUUGGUUGGCAAAGGUAUAUUACGCGACGACAGCGGUCAAUAUCUUCACGGAUUGGGUGACGGCUUUCAUGCCGAUUCCGCUGCUAUGGAACGUUCAGCUGAACCGCAACACCAAGAUUUCUGUUGUAUGCAUCUUGGGGCUGGGCUUCUUUGCCUCUAUAUCAGCCUGCGUCCGCCUCAAGUACACGGUCAACCUUGAGGCACACGAGAAUUAUCUCUAUGCUCUUGCCGACAUUGUGAUCUGGGGAUACGCUGAGAACGGCCUCGGACUGAUCGUAGGCUGUGUCAUGACCCUGCGCCCGCUCUUCCGGAGGGUCCUGGGGCUAGGCGGCGACACAUCCCAGGGCAAGAGCUACGGCAUCAGCAGCACCACGGCCAAGGACCGCUUCGGCACGAAACUGCGGGGCAGCCGGAAGGACGGAAAGGACGACGGCGGCUACGAGAUGGACCCGCACAACGAACCGGCCUCCAGAGGCUACGCAAAUGGCAUGACCCUGACGGAGGUUUUGGGCGGGAAUAAACUGGACCGUGAAGAAGACGUGUCGAGUUUCGAAACGGAGAGUCAAAAGAAGAUCUUGAGAGAUGGGAGUGACAUGGCAAAGCGCGGGGAUGCGCAGCCGCUGCAGGGUAUCAUGGUGACAACUCAUGUCAAUUUGACACAUGAUGAGUCGAGGCAUCAUGAUAAAUCCCCGUCGUUUUGAUGGACAUGGACGUGGGCACGGGCUGCAAGGGGCAAGCUGUGAUUCAGUCAAAGUUGACUUCUUAUGCGGCUUCUAAUAUGGCCUCAUAUAAUACCUAAUUAUUAGUGUCAAAUAGAAGGCAUUUAUAACACAC